AGCCAAUGAAAUUUUUAAAUGCUUAUUCAGUUGUGUCGGUUCUGUUCACUCGAUUCUAAAUUUAUCCUAACUUGUCUAUUUGGAAGAAAGUUUUUUUAUUCAACAUUAUCAAUUCGUCGUUAUCAGCGGUGAAGUUUUAUCGAAACUGUCGUGUCUAGUAUUAAUGUGGAAAAAGUAGUGGCGAAAUAUUUGAGGUAUCUUGUGGGGUAAAAGAGAUUUUGCCCGUUGGGGAUUUGAAACGUAUUUAAAUACCUUCUAACAUGUGUCCUAAGACAUCGAAAAGCAAAACAAAGGCCAAGGAAGGUACAAAAAAUAAGCAGAAAACUGGGGAACCUGGUGGUGAUUGCAAGGUCGCUAGGAAGAAAACCAAGGGAGAGAUUAAACAUGAUAAGAAGAUGAGAAAGAAGGAAGCGAAAUUGAUUGGAAUAGGCGAAAGUGAAGAACAACAGAGUGACAGUUCCAACGCUGGAGACCGGGCUAAUGAAAAUCCAAGGAAUGACCUUGAUAUAUCCACCCAAGUUGAAUCGGCCUUUGUCAAGUCUAUCAUUGAAAAAUCCGGAAUCCGAUUGGGACAGAACAAGGGUGAUGAUAGCUCUAGACCCAUGAAGCUUAGUUUCACCGAGGAAGAAAUUAGGGAUGAUUCUUUGAAUGGAUUCAAAAGUGUUAAAAAGAGAAAAAUUACCAAGCCAGGGAUAGACAAAAAAUCGGAGGAAUUGGGGUUUGAGGCGUACAAAUAUAUUAUAGAAGGGAAGAAAGAUAAGGGAACUGAGUACUUAAAUCGAGCGCUCGCGUUGGAUCAUUUCGAUGUUCGACACUAUUUCAAUAGGAGUUAUUCACAAUUAUGCACUGGAGAUUUUGAAGCAGCUUUAAGAGAUAUAGAAUUCGUUAUGAAUCAUAACGAUUUCAAAGAUAUUGUUUAUUUAGCAAGGAUGAAGUGUAGACAGGGCCAAAUAUUUAAACGAAUGGAGCAAUAUGAUAAAGCUAAGGAGUGUUUCAGGGACUGCCUGAACUUAUUUCCAAAUACUAUGUCAGUGCGUUGUGAACUUCUUCAUAUGAAAAUAUGCCAAUUAAAGAGCAUGGGUUUCCCUGAAACUGACGUCAUAUUUCUCCUAUACGAUUAUCCUUAUUUAACCUUCCCUAAUGCUAUCACUUUACUGACGGAAAUGGCAAAGAGUCAAUGCCACCAAGGUAUCCCACCGGAGUCUUCCAUCUCCAUCACCGAGGACGAGGAAUUCGAAUCAGACACCGAAGAAAAUCCCUGCAGCGCUCGAUUGUUCAAAGACAUGACGAAUUUUAAUUUAUUUACGAAUGAUUACGUGUGGUUCAGGGACGACAAGGUUAAAAAAAAUAGCCAGACUGCUACAGAGGCUAAAUCACAGUCAAUCUUAGAAUCUUCCCAACACGUUGAUUUACCAAAUUCAACGGCUGUGAAGGAGCUCAGGGUGAUAAAUGCAUCUGGGGCUAAAAAAGUUGUAAUUAAAUCCCAAGUUGAGAAUAAUGUCAAUAACAAAGCUGUCUGGGUUGGAUCAGUCACCAGUGCAAUCACUACAUCCAUGCUCAAACGUACAUUCUCCGUUUUUGGACCUGUUGCCAGUGUUUAUAAAGCCAAAGGUUCUGCCUGUGCUUUCGUUAAUUUUGAAAAUAUGCAUUCUACACACCUUGCUCUUGAGGCAAAGUCCCUUGAGGUAAAUGGGAUAACCCUUCCUAUUAAGCAUAAGACGAGGACGAGGUAAACAGAUAUACAGAUGAAUCAAGAGGUGUUCCACUUUCGCGACAUCAGACAGGGACAAAAUCGAGGGACUAUUAUUUAACUAUUAUCAAAGAUAUUUCCAAUUAUUUUUUUCUUUACUUUUUACCAAAAAUUCAUUUUUUCUUCCUUUAUUUUAUGUUUCAAUUAAAAAUCAACUGAGAUAGUUCAGGCUAUUUUGUUAUUCUUAUUAUUACAGAACGUUAAGAAUUCAUUUCAAACGAGAGACGUACUACUUUACCUCAAGUAAUCUGCGAUGUGAGAUUCUUGGAGAUUAACGUAGCUAUUUCCUGAAAAUUUUAUAAAACUAGAUAAUUCAUAAAAGUGAUGUUUUUAGUUGAGUCUUUAGAAUAUAGAAACACAUGUUUUAUUACACAGCUACUGUUUCUCAUUUAUUUACAUUAUCCUUCAGUUAUGUACGUUUAAAA